AUGUCGGUUGCAGUGGCCAACUCGUUUGCGUAUCAAAAAAUGCAGAUAAAAUCUGAUCAGCAUGUGUCGAUGAUGUUUUCUUAUCAUCGCAGCAUAGGAAGCAUCUAUUCGUUGGAGCUUUGUCUGAAUCUUCAGGAUAUUGGUGGAAGCUCGUCCAGUUCGAAUAAUGUGGAGGGUGUCAGAAAUCGUGGAGCGGCUGAUUUUGUUCCGGCUCAGGAUACCAAUACGUCUGACGAGGAUGAGAUUGAAGAUUUCAGCGGUGACGAGGCAGAAGUCGUGCCAGAGACGCAGCCUCUGCAUGGCGACCCUGUUCCUCCAACACGGGUCGAACCGGAAGGUGGUGGUGUAUCUUCCUCCACACCAGCACACUACCUGUUUUUAAAUCUUGGAGCAAUGCAUUCGAGUAAUGCAGAGGACAGAUUGAGCAGCUACCCUUUGUCAGGCGAGAUGGAGCUCGAGAUUGGGUUGAAAUUUCUUAAUCGGAAAACAGCGAUGCUCGCAGUAAAAAACUACAACAUCCGUAGGAGUGCAGAAUAUAAGGUGGUAGAGUCAGAUCAAAGUAGGUAUGUAUGUCGAUGCAAGCAGUUCGGGGAUCAAUGUCGGUGGAUGGUACGGGUUGCAAAGACGAGGUCCUCUAGAUAUUGGGAAAUUCGAAAGUACGAAGGGCCUCAUAGUUGCUUGGCAAGUUCAAUGUCUCAAGACCACGCUCAACUCGAUAGCAAUGUCAUCUGCCAGCACAUAUUCCCUAUGGUGCAUGCUGAUGCGACAAUUUGUGUAAAGGUGUUGCAAGGAUCAGUAGAGUCAGCGUACGGUUACAAGGUGUCUUACAAGAAGGUUUGGCACGCGAAGCAGAAGGCAAUCGCAAGGAUCUAUGGUGAUUGGGACGAAUCGUAUGACUAG